AUGUUUCUUCCGUCAUCUCAAUUACUUUUGACCUUCACUAGCCUCUUCAUAUCGAUUGUCACUGCUCUGACACCUCAACGUGCAUCAUUUGCUGAACCGAUGCAACCACUGGAGCAUCAAACGUUUCUCGAAAGCCAGCUUAAAAUGGGGAACGACACAACAGAAUCGUCGAAUCCUUCUAUUCCUCUCAAGGCAAUGCAUGCUCGCAAUCCAUUUAUUCAAAGAAGGGUAGCAGCCGGCGGUGGCGCUAUUCCUAUUUCCCCUGCUCCUUCUCAGUAUCCUACUGUCACCAACGCGGGUAGCCUAUUCACGGUUGGCACAUCUACAAGUGCUAUAUGGAAGGAGUUCACACAAACAUUCGCGGUCACACCCUUAGGCACAUGGACUCUUGGGCCUACUCCAAAGUCUGGCUCGAUCGGGCUUGGAACAAUCGUCGGAAAUGUUGGGUCUGUGAAGAGUGAAAAAAAGAGGUCAAUGCCAACACCACCCCCAAUCUUGCGAUAG